AUGGAGAGCAACUCGCAAGCAAGCGAAACCAUGUUACCCCUGAAACGCUUCGACAACUCCCCGCACUACGACCAGGACGACGACAAUUCCUCGGUAUUAUCCAGCUACGAGCAAGGCUCUCACUCUUCAGUAGAAUCAAAGUCCACUGCCUCGACGUCGUUGCGCUCGUCCAAAACCCCCAAGAAGCAACAACUAAAACCAAUCGUCAUUCAGAAGGACAAGGACAUGGCAGCUACGUUCGGCUACAAGUUCAAGACUGAAGAUCCUAGGAGCUCAACAGAAACCUACAAUUCUGUUUUCUCGGAGGACAGCGAGUCCGAAGAUGAUGACAACGAGAAUGACCACCAGACUAUCCUGCCCACAGAUGACGAUAUCCCCGCUGUAUUACCUCAGUACCGUGCCUCCAUCGUCGAUCCCUUUGUCAGGCCAUCGACGCCAGAUGCCUUUGGGAGAUUGUUCCCUUCGAUGGAUCGCUUGUCGAUUCGUCAUGACGACUUGACACCUGAUGGUAACAUGAAUCUCAGAGUCGACACAGUUGUCCCGGGGAGAAAUGGUCGCCGUCCUCUCACCGUACAGCUCUUCCACUUGCGAAUGCACGACCUUGGUCGCCGAGAGUUUUCGCUCCGCCGUUACUGCCGUGACUCUGGCCGAGAGGUCUGCAACUCCAAGCGAGCCUAUGCCGAACCGGGACCGACUACACGUCCUGGGCUUCAACGGUCAUUCUCCUCGGUCAUGCGAUCCGUCAAAGGCCUUCCCUUCCAUAUACACCACCAUACUUCACAGUCCCAGCAGGGCAAGGGCCUGGCGGGCACCAGCUCUGCGUCGUCGUCUUGGGAUGCUAUAUCUCUUCGCUCUAUGCGAAUCCGCCGGGAUUCUUGGACCAGCGACAAGCCAGUCCCCUCGCCAUCUUGCCUCGUCCCCACAAACACGGUCAAGCUCGAGUUUAGCAACUAUGCGCGCGUCGACAUAUCCAGGAACAACCACCACAAGGUACACCAUUACGACUUUGAGUGGUGGGGCCACAAGUACUCGUGGAAGCGCGUUCUCGACAAAGACCUCAGCGUGGUCUCCUACCACCUCAUGCGAGACGGCCACGGCAUGGCUGUCGCCCACAUUACUCCUGAAAUGAGGAGCCCCAACCAAAUCCAAGAGGAAGAAUGGGCCGGUGGCUGGAUCCCUCCAUGCCACAUGUGGAUCAGUGAUCCGUCCAUCGUGAAUGCUGCUACUGAUGUGGCUGACGUGAUUGUCGCCACUGGCUUGAUUGCCCUGGUCGAUGACUGUAUCAAGAACCGCUGGCAUGCGAAGAAGCAGCCUAAGAUGGCACGGUCCAAGUCAAAUGAUUUGACGCAUACCCGUCGCCGCUCUCUUGUCCAAGACAUUCUUCACAGGAGACAUUCAGAACAACACAGGCGUCUGGUUGCUGCCUACUGA